CCAUCCUUACGAUUGCACUCAGUUGAUGCACCGCAACGACUUCUGUCCUAUUGACAAAGUAUAUAAGACCUUCCAAAAAAACACCGAAUCUGAUUUUUUUUAAAUUUCUGUUUUAUUCCACUGGAUUACAUGCGCGCUCUAAUAACAAGGAUAAUCUACAAUUUUAUGUCGUCCUUCAGAAAAUGAACGGUUGGAGAGUGGAGAUUGGGGACGCGUCUGGAGUAAAAAGCCAUCAAAGGCAGUGUGGUGAGCCCAGGUAAAGUCCUCCUAUGAAGUGAGCCCUUCCCAUCCUCAGGCCCCUCAGAGCGGCAGCAGCAGGACUAAGGGAUGUCACAGGUGUUCCUCCUUUUGACUCUGCUCACACUCUCCUCACACAUUCAGGUGUCUCCUGCCACAUCCUUGAAGACUUUGAUGGAAAAAUGGAAGAUGUAUAAAGAUGAAUGUAACCGAAAUAUAAGCAGAGAACCUCUAGUUACCGGUGUUGUUUGCAACCGAACGUUUGACAAGUAUGCCUGCUGGCCUGAUGGGUUACCAAACACUACAGUCAGUGUGGCGUGUCCGUGGUACCUGCCAUGGUACAACAAAGUCCAGCAUGGUUUUGUGUAUCGGGAGUGUGACGCAGAGGGACAGUGGGUCAUCCAGAGGAAUACCACUGAGUGUGAACCAAAUGACCAAAGUCAAAUUGACAUGCAACAGUAUGGGAGAAUCCUCAGUAAAUUUCGGACCAUGUACACCGUGGGAUACUCUCUGUCUCUGGGGGCACUGGUGUUGGCACUGGGAAUCCUGGUGACCUUCAGGAAGCUGCACUGUAUGCGGAACAAUAUUCACAUGAACCUGUUUGCCUCUUUCAUCCUGCGAGCAAUGUCCAUUCUCAUCAAAGACGCCAUGCUAGAGACGCCCACCCUGAACAUCGGACAGGACAUCACCACUGAAUACGACGUGGUGCGGCUGAUCAACAAUGAGACGGCUGUCGGCUGCCGGAUCGCCGUGGUAAUGAUGCAGUAUAGCAUUGUUGCUAACAGCUACUGGCUCCUUGUGGAGGGAAUCUACCUGCAUAACCUGCUGGUGGUUACAGUACUGACGGAGAGGAACUACUUCAGCAUCUACCUCUGUAUCGGCUGGGGUGCUCCACUCAUAUUUGUGUUGCCAUGGGUGAUAGUCAAAUACCUGUAUGAGAAUGAAGAGUGCUGGGAGCAGAACAUCAACAUGGAGUACUGGUGGAUCAUACGCUCUCCCAUUCUAUUGGCUGUACUGAUCAACUUCUUCAUUUUUAUACACCUCAUUAAGAUCCUUGUGUCCAAACUCAGAGCGCAUCAAAUGAGAUAUUCUGACUACAAGUUCCGGCUUGCCAAGUCUACCCUCACUCUCAUCCCCCUGCUCGGCAUCCAUUUGGUUCUGUUUUCCUUCGUCACGGACGAGUCUACCUCAAAUGGCGCUUUGUCGCUGCGUCUCACAAAGCUCUUUAUUGACCUUUUCUUCAACUCCUUCCAGGGUUUGCUGGUGGCCAUCUUGUACUGCUUUGUCAACAAAGAGGUGCAGUCUGAGAUUCUGAAAAAAUGGAAACGUUGGAAGCUGGGAAAGGAUAUUGAGGAGGAGUACCGUCAUACAUACAGCCAGACCUCCCAGGUGAAAGGCGGGAGCUUCUUGCUUCAGGCUCCGCACUUGCCUCGGCUCCCAGACAUCACCACCACCACUUCAACUCUCUGCAGCCCAGAGGAAAAACACGUCCUCGUCAUAAACUGCCACCAGAAUGGCAUGGGUCAAACCAACAGGGGCCUGCAGUUCACCUCCCGGCCACACGAUGGCUCCACCUGUAGCACACUAUCUGACGAUUUAGUACUUAAAGACAGAGUGCAACGUUACGAUGUUCCUCACGGGAGCACUGAGAGCAACUUGUGAGCUGGAGUAGCUCACGCGUCGGUGAGAAUCUGGGCUCCAUCCUGCCCUCUGCUCUCACUUGCUCUCUGUCCCGAGCUGGUCUGGUCUGGUCUGGUCUGGGCAUUCUGAGCUGGGAUAGGCAAGGUGUAUGUUCCCUCUGGCAUCUGCAUAAGAACGGGAGAGCGCCACUCUGCCUGCUUCAUGGCCCGGCUGGAGGGACUUCAAGGACAGACAUCUGUCUGCUCGUCCACGCUGAAACGCAUUCAGUUUGCCUCUUUACAUCUGGCACACACAGGGUCAGACACUGCUGCACCAUCACUGAAGGGAACACUGAACAGCCAGGGGUACUGACUAUGAACAGACAUCUAACUUGUUGACUAAUCAAAAUGUGCUCAGUGUAAGAACAUCCUGUGAACACAGUGUCUUAGGUUUUUGUUUUCAGUAGGUGUGAUGUUGGAUGUAUUUGGUACAGAAGAUUACACAACUGGACACUUUCUCUCUCUCUCUCUCUCUCUCUCUCUCUCUCUC